AGGAGGGAGGAGGAGGCGGAGAUCACACUGGAAGCCCAAAAGGGAGCUGCGGGAGGAGUGGAGAGGGGGAGGGUCAUCCCCAGGCCCAGAGCAGGCGGCGCGGAGGCCUCUGGGAAGCAGGAAGUGAAGGUGGCUCCUCCCCCCCCCUCCUCCUCCACUUCUAGAGAUCUUCCCGAUUUGGCCCCUUAACGGGCCAUAGAACUCCCUCCGCGCCGCGCCUGGAGCCUCGGGAGCCUGGAGUGCCCGGGAUGGCCCUGCAGACGGACAGACUCCCAGCCCAGGAGGUGGUGACUUUCCAGGAUGUGGCUGUGGACUUCACGCAGGAGGAGUGGCGCCUCUUGUCCCCUCUCCAGAAGGAGCUGUACAAGGAGGUGAUGUUGGAGAAUGCCCGGAACCUGCUCUCUGUGGGGCUUCCAGCUCCCCCAGAAGACAUGAUCUUGGAGCAGAGAGAAGCCCCAUGGAUGCUGGAGCAAGAAGGCCUGAGGUGCUAUUACCCAGGAGAAUUCAGAUUUGAAAUGAAGGUGAAUUCAACAGAAGGAAGCCUUCCUUUGGAUGAAAUGGACCUACAAAGAUUCAUGAGUGAUGGUCUUGAUAACUUUGCUUACAGGGAAUUCUGUGUUGCACCUCAAAAUUCAUCUCAUAAGGAAUAUCAAAGAAUGUAUACUGAGGAAAAAUGUAUUGAAAAUAAUCAUUGCAGAGAGACUUUUUUGCACAGGGCCAGUCUCUUUGGACAUCAGAAGAUCCACACUGGGGAGAAACUUUUUGAAUGCAAGCAAUGUGGAAAGACAUUCAAUCAUAGGUCCAAUCUUUCUGUACAUCAGAGGAUGCACACUGGGGAGAAACCUUAUGAAUGUAAGCAAUGUGGAAAGACAUUCAGUCAGAGGUGUGAUCUUGCUGUACAUCAGAGGAUACACGCUGUGGAGAAACCUUAUGAAUGCAAGCAAUGUGGAAAGACAUUCCGUUGGAGGUCAGUUCUUUCUUAUCAUCAGAGUGUCCACACUGGGGAGAAACCUUAUGAAUGCAAGCAAUGUGGAAAGAGAUUCCGUCUGAAGUGUGAUCUUGCUGUACAUCAGAGAGUCCACACUGGGGAGAAACCUUAUGAAUGCAAGCAAUGUGGAAAGACAUUCAGUUGGAGCUCUGAUCUUGCUGUACAUCAGAGACUGCACACUGGGGAGAAACCUUAUGAAUGCAAGCAAUGUGGAAAGACAUUCAGUAAUCGAUCUGCUUGUGUUUAUCAUCAGAUGAUGCACACUGGUGAGAAACCUUAUGAAUGCAAGCAAUGUGGAAAGACAUUCAGUCAGAGGUCUAAUGUUGCUGUACAUCAGAGAGUCCACACUGGGGAGAAACCUUAUGAAUGCAAGCAAUGUGGAAAGACAUUCAGUCGGAGCUCUGGUCUUGCCUAUCAUCAGAGGAUGCACACUGGGGAGAAACCUUAUGAGUGCAAGCAAUGUGGAAAGACAUUCAGUCAGAGGUGUGAUCUUGCUGUACAUCAAAGGAUGCACACUGGUGAGAAACCUUAUGAAUGCAAGCAAUGUGGAAAGACAUUCCAUCGGAGCUCAGGUCUUGCUUAUCAUCAGAGUGUCCACACUGGGGAGAAACCUUAUGAAUGCAAGCAAUGUGGAAAGACGUUCAGUCGGAGCUCAGGUCUUGCUUAUCAUCAGAGAGUCCACACUGGGGAGAAACCUUAUGAAUGCAAGCAAUGUGGAAAGACAUUCCGUUGGAACUGUUAUCUUGCUGUACAUCAGAGGCUGCACACUGGGGAGAAACCUUAUGAAUGCAAUCAAUGUGGAAAGACGUUCAGUCAUAGCUCUGGUGUUGCUUAUCAUAAAAGGCUGCACACUGGGGAGAAACCUUAUGAAUGUAAACAAUGUGGAAAGACAUUCACUCAGAGUUCUUCUCUAGCAUAUCAUCAGAGGAUGCAUACUGGGGAGCAACCUUAUUAAUGCAAGCAAUGUGGAAAUAUUCAGACAGACCUCUCUUUCUAUUGUGUGAAAGGUAUUUACACUCUACCGUUUCAGCAUACCUAGUGUGACCCUAAACAUGAAUCAGGCAAGGAUUGUGUGAUGGAAAUCAUUGAGUUAGGAUAGAGUGGCAGCAAUAGUGAAACCACAAGGUGAUUGCAGGGUGAUGUCCUCUGCAUAUCCCCCUGGACAGUCUCCCUGGUGGCCGAGUCAAAAUAGAAAGCCAUAGUUGACUCCUGAGAUGAGAUUUGUGGUUUAAUGGGCAGAGAAAAGGUCUUUAUCAGCUUAGGCAAGAGCAAAUAAACAAGCUCUUUUCUUUCAGCUUUGUUACUGGCUAAACUUCUCUGUGAGCAUGGCUAGGGAAUCUUAAUGGUGGCCACAGAAUUACAAGCUAAAUGGAGUAAUGAGGAAAUUAUGUAUCUCCUAUUUUUCCAUUCCCCUACUACCUUAGGUUAAAUAAAGUUAGUUUAGAGCCAGUCUCAUAAUCUUUCCUCUUAUACUAUAUACUACAGUAUCCAGGCAUUCAAUAUAUUGAGCUCUCACCUUGCUCAGAAUAAGACAAUUCAAUAUCUUAUUUCGUAAGCUCUCCUAAGAUUAGUGUAAAGAUUUAAAAGACUAAAAUAUUUGAACAUGAAGUAAACUCAUAAAACCAAAAAAUAUAUUAAAAUGUGGUCACCAAAAUCCAUAUAUCUGAAUUUAAAAUUAGUUUUUAUGGUAGUUCUAUUUACAAAAUGUGUUAGAAGAAAUUAGAGGAAAGAGAAUGGGCAGAGUAAGAAAUCUAGCUUAAAAACUAGAUAAUUUGCUCCAAUCCUGUCUUUACUCAAAUAGGGCUAAUUAGUCCUCAACUGGAGGACCUUCAACCAAGGGUUGAUGCUGAUCAAAACAAAGGCUCUGUCAAUGAAGACUUUUCCAAGAUGUAGGCCUCUCCAGAGCCUAGUCCCUCCAGAAAACCAGGAAAAGGAGUCAGCCUUUUCACAUAUCUGCUCUGUAUAACCAAGGGAAUGUACAAGAGCUGCCUCAAGAAUGCCAGUCUAAGGUGCACAAAGCAGAUCCUUUCACCAGAGUCCAGCUUCAACUCCAAACUCCAAAGAAGUACUCCUCAUAGAAAUCGGCAACUUCAUUUAAUGACACUUCUUUGAGUUUCUUCCUGUUCAUUCCUUCCACUUUAUGUGGUCUAGUUGUAGCUUUAGCUUUGCUUAGUACUGUCCCAAAGACAGUCAUGUCUUAUUCAUCACCUACUUUAGCACAUGUGGGUCACAGAUUUCCCCCACUUAUAGAUAAACAGGUGUGUAUGCGCUUCUGUAAUUAAGCCUAAAAAUAAGCAGGGGAUAGCUAGUCCCAUCUUUACAAGUCCCCCUGUGAUCAUUUGGGAGACUAGUCUCUAAUUGAGUAGCAUAAUAUUCAGCUUAUACCUCUAAAAAUCUUCUAACAACAAGUGUAUGCAAUAUUGCACCUUCUAAAAGGAAUCUAAAAUAGUUAAAGAGAAAAAAUAGGAGAGUAAUUUUUUCAAUGUGCUUAGGAGAAAUAGAACACACAAGCAGUUAAAAUGAACCCUAAAUAUUCAACUUUGGAGAGACAUCAGUGAACCUUUGCCUUUGAGAUUUUGUGACCUCUUUUCAUAAUUCUAAAAGAAGAUAUUUACUGUCUUCUUGACAUUCUGCAGUAUUUGGUGAGGUCAAAGAGCAAAUCAUCCACUUAUUUAAUUAACUUACUGUUUUUAGAUUUUAUAUGUGUUGGCUCAAGAAAUCAUGCACACAGGGUAGGGCUUUCCACAUACCCUUGUGGCAAAUGACACAAUUUCCAUGGGAACUUUCACUUGCCAUGUAAAGGCAAAUAUAUUCUUGGAAUCCUCAUAAAUAGGUGUCCAAAAAAAAAAAAAAAGCUGAGCACAAGUCCAUUUCUGUAAAGUAAGUGGCUGUACUGGGAAUAGAGGAAAUUAUUGUUUGGGUUUGAAUCCACAGGAUGUCUUGUUAUGCCAUGAUUAUUUAUAGCCUUUACAUCUUGGACCAAUCUAAGUAUGACUUUUCAAUCUGGACCUAUAAUUGUUUUUGUUUUUGUUUCUAAUGGGUAAAAUGGGUGUAUUAUAUUCCAAUUUGCAUGGAAGUAUUCCUUGCUCAAUUAAUGAAUUUAUUACUGGGGUUAUUCCCUCAAUUGCCUCUUUUGAUUGAGGGUACUGAGGAAUGGAAGAAGCUGGCUCACCUUUUAUCUUAAUUUGAACAGGAACAGCUGGUUUAAGUAGACCUAUAUUGGAAGAAAUGUGGCCUAAAGAAACUCAGGUAUAUCAGCUGUUAUUUCAAAUAUGGGAGUCUCUCUGAAAGAAGUACAGGGAACAAAGAUUCCUCAGGUUAUUCUAAUGACAUAGAUCCAUCUGGAGUGCAAGUUAUUCUGGCUUUAAGUUUAUGUAAUAGAUCUCUUCCCAGCAGAUUUGUGGGGGAUCCAGACAUUAAUAGAAAAGAUAUUCUAAAGAUAAGAGUCCCAUGGGUAAUAUUCAAGGAAAAAAUCUGGGGACCUUUUAAAGUGUUUCUGAUAUACCUACUACAUGUAGAGAGCUAAUACAGUUUCAUUUUGCAUCUGGUUACUCACCAGGGAUGUUCUAAGUGCUCCAGUAUCUAAAAGGCAAUCAUAGUGCAAGUUUUCCAUUUUUAGGGUUACAUGGGGUUUGUGUGUGUUUGGGAAUGUAUAGGGAUAGUUAGCAUUAAGAUAUCAGCAUGUGGAAAAUCAAAGGUUUCAAUUUUUGAUUCCAAGACCCUUGCUGCCUCUUCACAGCUUCAUAAAGAUUCUUUGGCAUUUCUCUGGGAUACUCCACAGUGAGGGGGAUUUUUUCACCCUGAGUAUAGUGUGGACGAACUCCACUUUUUAUACAUUGCUUUCGGUAUUUUGUUCUGUGUUAAUCAUUUUCCUCCUCUGGAUGAGUAUUUCUGUAAUUAUUUUCAUUAUUUUUAUUAUAUCUGUUAUUUCUGCAAUUACCAUCAUUCCUAAAAUUCAUAUUAUUUACUAUCUGAUUCCAGUUUCUACAGACCAUCAUUAUGUGACCCUUUUUUCCACAGAAAUGACACAUUAAUGAUUCAUUUGUGGAUUCCUGCAAUGGGGACAUGGUAACUUCUCAGUUUUUUUUUUCAUUUUUCUUCAACUUUUCCUCUUAAAAUCUUAUUUUAUUCCUUUAAAACCUCCAUUGCACCUUUGUUCUCCUCAUGUUUAUACUCAUGGCCCUAAAAAUGUAGACUGCUACCCUCCUCAUUUCCUUGAGAUCCAUAGAGUACCAAUUUGGGCACCUAGUCUUGAAGUGACCUUUAACCACUUUACAACAAUUUUUAAUGAAUUGUCUAUGUAGUUUGCUGGUAUCCUUUUCUUGGGACAAAUUCAGGUCUAUAUAUCUGCCUCCCAGCUCAAUAAGUCGUACCAUAUAUUGUAUUAAAAUUAUUUGUGGUUAGACUCUUACUAUAUAUAUAUAGGUGGUCAUCAGGGAUUUAAUUUCUAAACCCCAAAAUGAAUCACUAAAGUAAAUAGAAUUUAUGGCAGUUUAUUUACAAUAGAGGGAAGAUAUUAAGGAAUGAGAGAGAGGGGGAAAAAAACUCUGGCUUCUUCUGAUAUCAGUUAGAAUUUCUAAGCCCCAGCCAGGCUAAGUGAAAUGCAAGGUCACUAAGUCAACCUUUCACUCACCAAACAGUGACAGUCUAAAUGGAAAGAAGUCUGGGUGUCUGUCUUUUGGUCUCUCCUCAAGGGUCUGUCUUCCAGUCGCUCUUCUGAGUCAGCUCUGAGUCAGAGAUCCUCCUCCAACGCGAAAUUCGAAUCGAAUAUAUAUCUUGAAUCUGAAAUGAAUCUUCUGCCCUUUUGGUCCUCCUAAGGGCCUUUUUCUCUUGUGUCACCUCCCCUAAAUUUCACGUCUACCCAUCACAGCAGACACUUUUCUUCAGGACUGCCCACUCUUUAGUUCUCACCUUUUUUGGUUAGGUUACUUAUAUAGUUACUUAACAUCUUUUUUUGGUAAAUUCACAUUUUGUAGUUACUUAAGAUCUUUUUGUGGUUAAAAUGGGUACUUAAAAUGCUGAGUUAUCCCCUUUUUGUAGAUUAAAAUCUAAAAAUAGAUUAUGGAUUAUAAUUCAAUCUUCCCAAUAAAGGAAGAGCUAAGUACCUUCAUUGUUACAAUCAGGAGAUAGCUAAAUCCAAUUUUUACAAUUGGGAGGAAUUUUCAUCAGUUUUUUGUUUUAUACAUUUCAAUUUUCACCAUAUCUCAAGCCUAUUGGAGCAAGAUCUCAUCACUGUCAAUAAUGGUUAUCUGGACUGACGUAAUUUUGUGUAAUGUUCAUUGUUGGGACUCCAUUUAGGAUCUUCAGUUGGUCAAUGAAUUACUCUCUUACUUUGCUUCUGAUUAGCAAGAGAAAUGAUUUUAUUUUUCUCUGUUAAAAAAAUGUCUAAUAAAAUGUUUAUAUCCACCCAA